CUUAUCUAGAUGAUCUGAUAACGUCUUCCACGCGAAAGCAAAGUAUGGGAGCUCAAAAUUCUUAUCAGUUAUGAUAUACAAGAAACAAUGAGGGGUUUUGUGUUUAUUAUUACAGCUUUUAAUUCAAUGAUAUUGCUGUUUUUUCUUAAUUCGGUUAUAAGUGAAACACGAUCUCCACGUGUAUUGAGCGAUGAGGAUCCAACCACACAGCCCGUGUUCACAUCACUGCAGGAGGUCUUGGAUCUUUUGGAAUCAGAAAAGUUCAGAAAUUUACUCCCAGUCCAACAGCUGCUUUUCGCUUACUUCAACAUCUGUCAAUCAAAACGGAUCAGCUACCUUCCCAAGCCUAUCAGACAACCGUUCAUAGUGGUGGAGGGCAACCAUAGGACAGCCAAGAGAAUGCUAGCGAUGCGUUUGUCUCGUAGGAUCGGAGCUAGUCUCUUCCACAAUCCUCCGAGAUGUCUGAGUUCUCUGAGAAACUUCUUCCCUACUGGGAGCCUGUAUUGGUUUUCAACUGUUGCAGCCAAGAGAAUGCUAGCGAUGCGUUUGUCUCGUAGGAUCGGAGCUAGUCUCUUCCACAAUCCUCCGAGAUGUCUGAGUUCUCUGAGAAACUUCUUCCCUACUGGGAGCCUGUAUUGGUUUUCAACUGUUGCAGCCAAGAGAAUGCUAGCGAUGCGUUUGUCUCGUAGGAUCGGAGCUAGUCUCUUCCACAAUCCUCCGAGAUGUCUGAGUUCUCUGAGAAACUUCUUCCCUACUGGGAGCCUGUAUUGGUUUUCAACUGUUGCAGCCAAGAGAAUGCUAGCGAUGCGUUUGUCUCGUAGGAUCGGAGCUAGUCUCUUCCACAAUCCUCCGAGAUGUCUGAGUUCUCUGAGAAACUUCUUCCCUACUGGGAGCCUGUAUUGGUUUUCAACUGUUGCAGCCAAGAGAAUGCUAGCGAUGCGUUUGUCUCGUAGGAUCGGAGCUAGUCUCUUCCACAAUCCUCCGAGAUGUCUGAGUUCUCUGAGAAACUUCUUCCCUACUGGGAGUCUGCUCCUAAGAGCCUACUUCAAGCUCUGUGCGUACGCUCUAGCACAAGCCACUAGGAGACUUAUCAAUAUCUUUCCUGUUAUUCUCAAUGGUUAUUGGCUUGAGCAACAGACAUACGCCAUAGCGAGGACUUACGGUUCAGACCCUCCUCCUGCGGAUCAUCCGGUUUAUCGAUGGCCCAACAAUCUUCUCAAACCAGACCUCAUAUUCUUCAUUGAGUUUCCAGACAACCUGCACAAAGAAAUCCUCACCACUAGACCUCCCAAUGCACACAAAACUUUAGCAAUGAACGCCCUCCUGAAGAUGAACAUUCCCAACCUCGUUGUCAUCAACACGACUCGGGGCCACGACAUCGCUCUACAGGAAAUGGAGCGACACAUCAUAGACCGUCUCGGGUUGACCUUCCCCAUUAGAUGGCUCAACACCACAAGAGGGCCGUCUCGAAUUCACCUACGAAAUAUAAGAGUAAAAAAGGUCUAACAUGCUUUCAUGUAUUGCCCUGUUCAAUGCUUAUCUACGCCACGUGGUUGGUGAUGAAGUUUGAUAGCUAAACCUCCUGGUACAUUAGGUAUUCCACUGGUUAAUAUAUCAGUACACAGAAAUAUUCUCGAAACACAGCGCUUACUCAAGACAGGCUACUUAGUAAUAAAGUGUUGAGGUGGCGAGAUAACGGCUUGGUUCUUGAGUGUCAUUCAGGAGUGAAGUGGUGGCGAGAUUAUCAGCUACUUGCUAAAAUUACACACACGCAAUCUAAAAUAAUUAAUAAUACAGUUUUUUUAAAAUUGAAACUUAUAACAUACUAUUGGAUAAAUGGUACAAUACGUACCUGUAUGUGUAUUUGACAAGAAAUACUAAGCAUUUAAUAAAAUAUAUUAAGAUUCUCAAAAAAACAAAGUGGUCAUUUGACAAUAAUCAAUUCGGAACUAUUUUUGGCAAUAAAUU